AUGUUGUGCAAGAGCAGACUUUCUAUUUACUGUGCUCCUCAAACCUACAGCAGCCACAUAGAGCUGAUAUCGGAGAGGGACAAACGAGUUGGUGGAGAAAAGCGGCAGAAACGAGCCUUCCUGCGGCUGCGGCAGAGCUGGCGCUGCCUCGUCACGUUGUUCGCAGUGAUCCCGGUAAACGCACACCGGUCACAAGCCCAGGGCCAGCGGGCUGAGGCUGCGGGGAAGACACGGACCACUGAGCCCGGGGCGCCCAACCCCAGGAGCCGGACAUGUCUUUAG